ACUUUCGUAUUAGAAGCUUCAAGACAAACCGAAAAGCAGGGCUUAGUGCGAACAGAGCAACAGGGAAAUCAAUUAGAGUGUAUACGGAUCAAUCAGCGAAAACCGCGCGAAAAACGAAGCAAAUUAGCAAACCCUAGAAAAAAUGGCGGAGAAAUUGGCACCAGAGAAGCGCCACAGCUUCAUCCACAACGGUCAGAAGGUGUUCGAGUGGGACCAGACUUUGGACGAGGUGAACAUGUACAUAGACCUUCCGCCAAACGUUCAUGCGAAGCAAUUCUAUUGCAAGGUUCAGUCGAAGCACGUUGAGGUCGGCAUCAAGGGCAACCCUCCGUACCUCAAUCACGAUCUCGCAUGUCCUGUGAAGACGGACUCUUCUUUCUGGACUCUAGAGGAUGAUAUAAUGCACAUAACCCUGCAGAAGAGGGACAAAGGUCAGACCUGGUCUUCACCCAUAUUGGGUGAGGGUCAGCUGGAUCCUUACUCCUCUGAUCUUGAGCAGAAGCGUCUCAUGCUUCAGAGAUUUCAAGAAGAGAACCCAGGUUUCGACUUCUCACAAGCUCAAUUUACUGGAGACUGUCCUGAUCCAAGGACCUUUAUGGGUGGGAUUCGCACUGGUUGACAAUCUUGGCAUGGUGAAUUGGUAACUUAUAUUAAUGUUUGAGAUCUAGUAAAUUAAAUGGUUUUAUGUGCUUGUUCCCCACUUCAUCGUGGGCAUGAGAUAAUGUGAUAGUUUAUCCACCAGUCUUAAUGCAAAGAUCUGCAAGAACAUCACAUAGCA